UCAAGAUAAUUGUGUUUGCAAAGGCAUAACCUAUAAAGAUGAUUUAUUCAAACAUUGGUGCUCCCAGGGUGCUCCUUUAUCAAAUAUAAAAUGGCAGCUCUAAGGUGUGCAAUGUGUUGAACUGAUUACUUUUUAUUAUAUUGAUAUGGUACUCUGCGCACCCCCUCAAAUCAAUUGUGACAACCGCCUGACGCAACCACGUGCCUGGAUCGUCUUUCAUGCACAAUGUCUCUCUCGGAACUCGACCAAUGAGUGGGGUUCGUCGGUCUGAAAAAAUGCCAGCCACACUGUGUCAGCUGUCAGCUGUGACACUGAUGUAUCCCAGAGGUCGGACGGACCAUCAAGGCCGCGCCCCUGUGUAUACACGGUGCGGUCUCGUCUGGGUCAGUCCGGCGGGAUCGGCGGUCUCCGACCUCACGAGCCGCUCCCUCCGUCGUCCGGCAGCUGGUCGUUAGAGGGUGGACGGUGGUGAGGAGGGGGAGCGGCACCGAUAGCCGGCCCUGAUGCUGGUGGUGCGGGUGGUAACGGUCGGACGGGCCCGGCUGGUCGGCGCCGCGGUCCGGCGGCGGCUGCUGUCGGCGCUGACCGGGUCCGCUCCCACCGCCUCCAUCCUGGAUACACCGGCACGCUGCAACAGCCAGCUCGCCGCCGACGCACACAGAAGUCGGCACAAAAAUGUUAUUACCGGCCCGGACGCCGUUGCGCUGCGUCUCCACAGAGGUCACCUGGUGGUUCAGCACCCCCGCUGGCCGGUGGAUGACGCCUUCUUCUCGCUGGCCUGGCUGUGGGACCACUGUCGAUGUCGACACUGCUACGACGAUUCUACAUUCCAGAGAAAGACUGAUGUGCGUCAGCUCUCAUCCGUGGGCAAUCCUCUGCAGUUCAACGUGAACUCGACGGGAACCGUGCUGGAGAUUAUAUGGCACGACGGCCAUCAGUCCGAGUACAGUCUGCAGUGGCUCUGGGAGAACAGCUAUGUGGGCGCCAGGCACAGAGAACAGCGCCAGAGUCGGCUCUGGCAGAGGUGCCUCUGGGACGGCCGACGGACCUCGGCGGUGGACCUGACCUCCGUGGUGUACGACUCCUUUAUGACCACCGAGGAGGGUGUCCGCCGACUGAUGAAGGGCUUCCUGACGCACGGCGCUGCUGUCGUCACCGGGGUGGCGCCCACACCGGCGGCGACCCAGGCCGUGGUGGAGCGGGUCGGCGUCGUGCAGCACACCAUGUUCGGCGGUGUGUGGGAGUUUACAGCUGACGGACGGCACGCGGAUACUGCCUACGGCCGGGACGAGCUGCUGCCGCACACGGACGGCACCUACUACAGCGAGCCGCCUGGUGUGCAGGUGUUCCACUGCCUGGCGCACCACGGGCACGGCGGCGAGACCACGCUGGUGGACGGGUUCGCGGCGCUGCACGCCCUCCACCAGGCCGACCCGGCCGCCUACGAGCUACUGUCACGUGUGCCGUGUGCCGGUGAGUACCGCGACCCGUCCCGCCGUCUACACAUGGUCGGCGACGGUCCCGUGAUCGCCCACCGCGCCGGCGCCGAGCCCGCGCCCGACAGCCUGCUGCGGCUGCGCUUCAACCCGUACGACAGGGCGGCGGCGCGGCGCGGCGAGCCCGCGGAGGUGGAGGCCUUCUACGGGGCGUACGGCCGGCUUACGGAGCUGCUCUGGGACGAGCGGCGCCGACUGCGGCUCAAACUGAGGCCCGGCACGGUCAUUCUGAUCGACAACUGGCGCGUGCUGCAUGGUCGCGCCGCGUUCACCGGGCGGCGACAUAUGUGUGGUGCCUACAUGGCACGGAGUGACGUCCUCAGUCGCGCCAGGUCGGUCGGGCUACUAAUCUAGACGCCACUAGUCCAUCGUACAGCAAAACCGCCAGUCUUCCAUACAAGGACUACUUAUCUAGACGCCAUUAGUCUUCCGAACAGCAAAACUGCCAGUCUUCCAUACAAGGACUACUUAUCUAGACGCUAUUAGUCUCCCGAACAGCUAAACGGCCAGUCUUCCGUACAAAGACGGCUAGUCUAGACGCCAUGACUAUUAUCUGGUAAAGCUUCAAAGCGCCAGUAUUCGCACAACUGCAAAACGACAGUCCCUCUCGCUGUCAAAGAACCAGACGCCAGCUUCAGACUAUGUGAUUUUUAUAACUAUGUAGUUUACAGAUGAUUUGUACGUUUUAUGCGAGCAUAUUAAUGAUUCCAUCUUCUAACUUGUGGACAAGUCAAUAUGACGGUUGACGGUGGCACAUCUUUUUUUUUGUUGUUGUUACUAAUCCAGUCUAGAUGAAAUGAGCACUGAUCAUAUACUAUUUAUAUUAAUGUGCUCUGACGGUCGUUAACGAAUGAGGCCUUUUCAGGGACUUUCAGAGUUGGUAAUGCUGUAUGUUUGUUGUUAAUGUGGAUGGAGUAUCACAUUACACUACGUGUUUUAUGCCUAUUGCCUUAUGUGUAAUAUGUAUGCACAAUGUGCCAUGUAUAAUGUACACUGUACAGGGCUCAUCUCACACGUCGAAGGCGUUCUUUUAUUUCGACAAAGCCGAGUAGGUAUAACUGGAAAGCUAUGUUAUCAGUCACUAGGAAAUCAAAACACCAAAGGCCACACACAGGCUCGAGUCGUCACUAUCCAAGUUUUCCAUCCUGCUUGGUGACAAUGACAAAAGUUUGUAUCUCCCCCAAAACAAAUUAAACCAAAAUAAACGCCAAAAUAAACGCCUUUAGCUGCCACACUAUAAAAACUGCCACAAAUCGAAUGUGUGGCUUCUGGCGCGUUUUGAUUUCCGAUCGACUGUUAACAUAGCCUUUGAGCUACUGUCGGUUUUGUCGAUAAAAGAAUACCUACCUACUGGCUACCACGGUGAGAUGAGGACUGUUACCACCCCACCUGGUCUUCUAAUGGAGCACGUAUAUCGUUUAUCCAUGUCCUGUUAUUAUCAUUGUGGGUUGGACCAGCGGGAUUAUUCUGAAAUGAGUGGAAGGUCACCGCCCACUCUUGUUGCAAAUGGGUUAUCAUACAUUGCCACAUUUUACGAUUGUCACUAAUACAUUCAAGGAACGAA